UGGGACUUUUUUUCGACCGGAAACUUUCAUAUCUCGAGAAAUCUCGCGUCAUUCUAGAAAGCUUCUGAUUAACCAAGAUGCGAAAUGGCAGGUUCUCGAGUUCACAAAUAUAAAACAGUUUUUAGACGUGUUGAAGGGUUACUGAAAUCAGAAGCUUUAGAUAAGAAAGAUCGUCCAUUAUGGUAUGAUAUCUGGGAAAGAUUUCCACCCAAGGUUGAACCAUCUUAUGACCGUAAGGUGCCAACAGUUGAAGUAAAGAAUAUACUGUAUCCCGAGGAUCUAAUUAGAGCUAAAUAUUUUGACGAGUUUGUUGAUAGAGAUGUAUUCAAUAUUAGAAAAGGAAAGGGCCAAAUACAUUCAAAGGCACAAAAGUUUGUAGAGUGUUAUUUGGAAUUACAAAAACCAGGAAUGUCACCCGAUGAGAUAAUGGAUGCUGUACAGUUGCAUCUAAAUGAUAAUGGUGGUAAAUAUAUCAGAAAGGAGAAAAAGACAUUUGUUGAACCAAAACCUCUGUUUGAUGACAUUCAAACUAGCAGUCAGAAGGAGGUACAUACAAUUAAACAAGAUUGGUAUUGAUAGGACUUACAUUAAUACAGAUAGAAGCUUUAUUUUGAUUGGCUUAAGACUCUUCAUUGUGAAAGGACAGACAGAUUACUCUGGAUCACCUGUGUCAGUCUUGCUAUUUCAGACAAUCACUGAAAUGUUAUAUUGCUCUUCUUCAAAAAGUCUGGGAAUAUGUAGGUGUUAUCAGUAUUAGUGAUGAACAAAAAUUAUUUAUUUUCCCAUUUGCUUUUGUUUAAAUAACUUUGGAAGAAAACGACAGUUACAAUUUGAAAAUUGGAUUAUGCUACAAGAGGAAUUUGAAUUUUAAAAUAUUUUUCAUGUGA